CCUCGUGGCUUCACAUGAGCACUUCCGCUAGGCCACCAUGCCCGCCGGAAGGUGGUUUGUUGUAGUCGGACAGUGGAUGAGGAAAACAGGAGGGAGUUAAAGGUUCCCAUAACCAGUUUUAAAGCUGUCAUUUUCAGGGCGCGGAACCGUGGGAAGAGAACGUGAAUCAGGGAUAGACAAGAGACGCCAAACACAAGUGAAACAUCACAAAUAGACCCCAAACCCCAGUCUUUUAACUCCUGAAAUUCUGCGGGGCAGGCAAAGCGAGGCGGGUGGCGAUGGAGCCCUCACCGGCUAAGGGCAAACCACAGGGUCGGUUAUUGGUGUCCACGACUCUGGACGCUAAGGAUGAGCUGGAGGAGCGCUUGGAGAGAUGUGUUGGGAUUGUCACCUCCCUGAUUAACGGGUUGUCGGAGCGUGAAGCCAACGACACCCUCACUGCACACGUGUGUAAGGGGUCCCAGCAGCACGAGGAGGUCUGUCUGGGGCUUUUCACCCUCCUCCUGACGGAGCCGACCCAGGCACAGAGGUGCUACAGGGACCUGACUCUGGUCAACCGAGACGGGAUGAACGUGAUCCUCAUCAAGAUCAACCAGAUCCUGAUGGAGAAGUUCCUCAAACUGCAGGACGUCUGCCGCACCCAGCUGGUGUGGUUGGUGCGGGAGCUGGUGAAGAACGGGGUUAUGGGAGCGGACGGGGUGCUGAUGACCCUCAUGAAGCAGAUAGCAGGUGGGGACAUCUCUAGUAAGAACCUGUGGCUGGCUGAGAAUGUUCUGGAAAUCCUUGUGGAUCAGAGAGAGUGGGUUCUGAAGAGUGGCAUGCUCAUCGCCAUGUCUGUGUACACGUACCUGCGGCUCAUGGUGGAUCACCACGGCACCGCCCCACUGCAGGCCCUCCGACAGAGAGAGGUGGACUUCUGCAUCGGCCUGCUCAGAGAGAAGAUGGACCUGCUUGUGGAGGACCUGCUGCACAACCUCGACCCUCAGCUGCAGUCAUGUCUCCUCCAGCUGCUCACCUCCCGUACGUCCCGGAAGUUUCUGGCCUGUCGCCUCACCCCCGACAUGGAGACCAAACUCCUCUUCAUGACCUCACGGGUCCGGUUCGGCCAGCAGAAGCGGUACCAGGACUGGUUCCAGAGGCAGUACCUGUCGACGGCGGACAGCCAGUCCCUCCGCUGCGACCUGAUUCGCUACAUCUGCGGCGUGGUGCACCCGUCCAAUGAGGUGCUGAGCUCCGACAUCCUGCCCCGCUGGGCCAUCAUUGGCUGGCUGCUCACCACCUGCACGUCCAACGUCGCUGCGUCCAACGCCAAGCUGGCUCUGUUCUACGAUUGGCUGUUCUUCAACCCUGAAAAGGACAGCAUCAUGAACAUAGAGCCGGCCAUCUUGGUGAUGCACCACUCAAUGAAGCCCCAUCCCGCCAUCACCGCCACCCUGCUGGACUUCAUGUGCCGGAUCAUCCCUAACUUCUUCCCCCCGUUAGAGGUGCAGGUUCGACAGGGCGUCUUCAACUCCCUCAACUUCAUCAUGGAGAAGAGGGUCCUGGCUCACCUGGCCCCCCUGUUUGAUAACCCGAAACUGGACCGAGAGUUGCGCUGCAUGCUGCGGGACCGUUUCCCAGAGUUCUGCAGCUCCCCCUCGCCCCCACAGAGGUGCAAAACUGUGUCGAUGGCAAGUUCUGUUGCCAGCGUAAAACUGAUGGAUAUGCAUCAGAUUUGUGUACGUUCCCCCCAUUUCACAGUGAAAAUGGAAGAGUCUGCUUCCAUGGAGAUGGACAACCAUGUGCUGGACAAGGAGGAUGGUUGCUACGACAACACAGAGGCCGCCUUCAGCGAUGACGAGGAGGAGCUGAACAACAAAGGCAAAAAGCGGGAAUUCAGGUUCCACCCAAUCAGGGAGGCCAUAAUCGAGGAGCCUCCUGACAUCACGCCCUUUGUGGACCAAUUGGACGAAACUGUGAGGGAAAAAGUGUUGCAGUUACAAAAAGGAAAUGACACAGAGGUUCAGUGUGAGGUGAUGCAGGAGCUUGUGGACCUGAUCCUUGAGGAGGACUUUGACACGGAGCAGAUGUCUUCGCUGGCUUCCUGUUUGGCGGAGCUGUUUAAGGGUCACUUCCGGGGCGACGUCCUGCCUGAUGAGAUCACUGAGGAGAGCCUGGAGGAGUCGGUGUGCAAGCCCGUGUGCCUGGUCUUCCGGAACCUGUGCCAGAUGCAGGAGGACAACAGCGGCUUCUCCGUCCUGCUGGACAUGCUGGCCGAGCUGUACCAGAAGCAGCCCAAGAUCGGCUACCACCUGCUCUACUACCUCAAGGCCAGCAAAGCGGCGAUGGGGAAGAUGAGCCUGUACGAGGCCUUCGCCCAGGCCACGGCGCUGGGUGACCUGCACACCUGUCUGAUGAUGGACAUGAAGGCCUGCCAGGAGGAUGACGUCCGGCUGCUCUGCUACCUCACCCCCUCCAUCCUUUCAGCCUCACCUCCAUCUCAGUUCCCGGAUGAGACACUGCGCAGUGGAGAACUGCUCAAUAUGAUUGUGGCUGUCAUUGAUUCCACACAGCUGCAGGAGCUGAUGUGUCACGUGAUGAUGGGGAAUCUGGUCAUGUUCCGGAAAGACUCUGUUCUGAACAUCCUCAUUCAGUCUCUGGACUGGGAGACCUUUGAGCAGUACAGCACCUGGCAGCUGUUCCUGGCCCACAGCAUCCCCCUGGAGACCAUAAUCCCCAUCCUACAGCACCUCAAAUACAAGGAGCACCCUGAAGCUCUGUCCUGUCUACUGCUGCAGCUUCGCAGGGAAAAGCCCACAGAGGAGAUGGUGAAGAUGGUGCUGAGCCGGCCCUGCCACCCGGAGGACCAGUUCACCACCAGCAUCCUGCGGCACUGGGCGGCCAAACACGACGACGUGCUGGGGGAGCACAUCAAGGCCCUGCUCAUCAAGAACAACAACCUGCCACGCAAGCGCCAGAGUUUGCGUAGCUCCAGCAGUAAGCUGGCCCAGCUGACCCUCGAGCAGAUCCUGGAGCACAUGGACAACCUGCGGCUCAACCUCAGCAACAUCAAGAACAACUUCUUCGCGCAGACGCCCAUUCUGCAGGCCCUGCAGCACGUUCAGGCCAGCUGUGACGAGGCCCACAAAAUGAGGUUCAGCGACCUCUUCUCGUUGGCUGAGGAGUAUGAGGACUCCUCCAAGCCGCCCAAGACACGGCGCAAGGCGGCGGCGUCCUCCCCUCGGUCACGCAAGGGCGCGGCGCCCCCUGCCAGCAACGAGGAGGAGAGCGCCUCCAGCAGCGCCUCGGAAGAGGAAGACUCCAAGCCCAAAGCACCCAAGAGGAAGAGGAAAGGGUCAUCAGCUGUGGGCUCGGACAGCGACUGAGGCACGCCCACCCCUUAUUCCUGCCAUUGUGACAUCACUGGAGACACGCCCACCGGGGGGAGGGGGGUGGAGCUUCCGCUCAAGACUGCCGCUGCUGCUACUGGCUGGAAACCAGCCGUGGAAACAUGCCCCACCUUCCCCUCACCACCCCUCUCUGCUGAUUGGCUGCUCUGCAUCUGUGGGUGUGGCUGGGAAGAGGAAGGGCUGAGAGUGCCGAAAGAACUCCAGUCACUGUGGCACAGACUUUUAGGGACAGACUCGACUGACAGACUUGAAAAGCUUCUGCCAACGCAGAGGGGAUCAUGCAGCAAGAUUUCACGAGGCAGGAGAGGAAGUGUGCCCUGUUUCCGCCCUCCCACUUCCUGCGGUGUGUCCCUGUGCGGACGUCUGCCGUUACCGCUCCGUGAAGUUUAAGAACUCUUCUGGUCCUCGAGACCCACCUCGUGUUGGUUCAGGCAAAUGACUUGGGGCGGGGUGGGGACACCGCUUCAUACCUUAAAAUGCUUUUAACUGAGAGUCGACUAGAAGUGGCCAGGUACAUAGUUACACUUUCAUGGGGAAAACAGUCCUUCCGGUUUAAAAAAAUAAUGAAUUUUACAGGAUAUUGUGGUAAUGGGAUCAAAGCUGCUGUUUGUAGUGGAAAUUGCAGGUCGUCUUUGUUUUUGUUUUGGGGAAAGGAGGGCAAAUUUGAGCCAAAAAUCAUGAUGCUCUCUGUUUGGGUUGUCGCCAUGGUUACGGGUGGGCCAGUAAGAGACAUCACAGGAAUCAGUCGGUUCAUUUUAUUACAAAGGGGACUACAACGACCAACAGAGAAACGGACUUACGAUGUGACGGCCGAGAGGUUUUUAAACACCAGUUUCUUUCUACUGACCUAUUUUCAUAUAAAGAACAUAAAUAUAUUAAUAAAAAAAGGCCAAAAAAAUAAAUAAAACAUGUUAAAUUACA